CUGCCACUCUGUUGAUGAAUGGAUGUGUGUGUGUGUGUAUAUAUAUGUAAUGUACUUCUUCCCUCUUUCGUUGCUGCAAUCUCUGCAACUAACACUCAAUCUUCCACAUAAGAUGCUAGUUUGAACUAACCCACCAAAUCUUGGAUCUUCCGCUUUCUAUAUAUACAUAGAUUUUCAACAAUUUUCUACUCUAUCACUGCACAUGUCCCUCCAUUUUCCUUUCUUGUUUUGGAAUUUCAAGAAUUCAAUCCUCGAAUUUCCGGAGUCUACUCUGUAGUCCAUCAAUCAAGAUUUGCAUUUCUGGGUUCUGGGAAGCUGUUUCCUUGAUGGUGACUUGCGAUUUUUGUGGUGAACGGCCGGCCAUACUCUACUGCCGUGCGGACAGCGCCAAGCUAUGCUUGUCCUGUGACCAGCACGUCCACUCAGCCAACGCCCUCGCCAAGAAGCACCUGCGUUCCCAGAUCUGCGACAACUGCGCCGCCGAGCCGGCCUCCAUCAGAUGCGCCACCGACGGGCUUGUUCUCUGCCAGGAGUGUGAUUGGGAUGCGCAUGGCAGCUGCGCGGUGUCAUCUGCGCACGAUCGGUCCCCUGUUGAGGGAUUCUCGGGGUGCCCAUCGGCCUUCGAUUUGGCGUCGGCUUGGGGUUUGGAGAUUGAGGAGAAGAAAACGACGUCGUAUGAAUGGGGAGGGUUGCUGGAGGAGCUGAUGGUGCCGAAUGCCAGUUCGGUGAUUUAUUCUAAUUAUGGGGGUGAAUUGGUGAAGAAGAAGAGCCCCAACUGUGGGAAGCAGAAGCAGGUUAUUCUGAAGCAGUUGUUGGAGUUGUUGGCGGAUAGUGGCGGGGUGGCGGUGGUAGCGGGGAAGGUAGGACCGCCGACUCCAAGCAGCGCCCGGCCGCAGGAGAAUAUGUGUGGACAGUAUGAGGAGCAACCGCAAGAACAGAAGCAGCAGGGUGGAGGAUUUACGUCAUUGCUAAUGAUGCAGACUUUGGAGAAUUCGAAAGAGGAAAGCAACAUGUUGUGGAACACCAGGACAUGUGAUCACAGCGCACAGAUAUGGGACUUCAAUCUGGGACAAUUGAGGGGCCAUGAGGAGUCCAGCCCCCUAGAGCUAGAAUAUGAUGGCAGUGACAUGGUGUACACUGUGAAAAAUUAUGGAGAACUACUGAAAGAAGCAUCCGGUGCAAAGAGAAUAAGGGUGGACCUCUCUGGAGCGAACUGCUCAAUUGCACAUGAGGAUAUGAUUCCCUUUAGUAGUGCCUCAAAUAACAGAACACCAAGUCAGGGGCCUGCGACAUCCGAAAGCAACAAUUUACCUGUCUCAAGGCCGUCAUCAUGUUCGGGUUUUAGUAAACCCUCAAAAGAUUUCCAGUUCAUGGAUCAGUCCAUUUUAAUGAAAAGUGAAAGUGUGGCGGCUGCAAUGACAAAGGCUGACAUUGAGCUGCUGGCAAAAAAUAGAGGCAACGCGAUGCAACGUUACAAGGAAAAGAAGAAAACACGGAGAUAUGACAAGCAUAUACGGUAUGAAUCAAGAAAAGCAAGAGCUGAUACUAGGAAGCGAGUCAAGGGCCGAUUUGUUAAAGCUAGUGAAGCUGUGACCGGAUGAGUAGAGCGAGCUGGUUGUCUCUAUAUGUACAUACUACAUACUCGUUACUUUCAGUUUAUAUGUAUAAUUUCAUGCAGCAACUCUCUCUUUUGAACAAAAUGUUGUGUGGUUUAUCUUGUUGCAUUUUGUUCUGAUAAUUUAUCGUGCCAAAUUAUAGAAAGUUAAUGUGCAGUUAGCAUUGUACUGAGUUAUGGGCAUGAUGAUGUGAGAGCUUAGCAAUCUUAUUGAUAAGAACUCGGUUCCAGUUAGGUGAUGGAACGUAUUGUAGUUCUGAACGAUCUUUUUUGAGACAAGAAGAUUAAGCUAAUUACUUACA